UUUGUGUACAAGACCGUUAAACCCCGAGAAAAAAAAAAGAGGGGUUUUAUCUAAUUCAUCGCUAAUUUCCACCAUUAUUCAUCACAAAAUACUGAUGACAUCAAUAAACCCUCAAAUUCAGACUCCAUUAAAGUUCAGCCAACAACAAUUGCACAAAAUUCAUAAUGAUUCUCACUUCAAUUCCACAAAAUCUACCACUUAUCCAACUAAACCCACCUCCAAAAUCUCCUCACAAGUCAAGAAUGUACCUUUAAAAACAACUAAGAUUAGCAAAAACUCGACUAAAAACCCAGAAAAAUGGGUGAGAAAGAAGCAAGGUUAUGUAGAUUAUGACAAAGGACAGCAUCACGUGAGUGAGCGCGUGAGUGGGUUGAGGAAGGAUGAUAUUCCUAGGAGAUACAGAAUUAAGGUGCAGGCUGAUAAGUUCCAGAAAGAUUGGUCAAUUACUCAGGUUGUUCAUAAAAUUUUGGCCCUUAAAAAUGGGGCUGAUAUUGAGGGUGUUCUAAAUCAUUGGGUUGGCAGAUUUGCUAGAAAUAAUUAUCCUGUUCUUAUUAAGGAGUUGACUCAGCUGGGUUCUAUUGAGCAUGCAGUUCAAGUAUUCAAUUGGAUGAAAAACCAGAAGAAUUAUUGUCCCCGGAAUGAUAUAUACAACAUGAUGAUUAGAUUACAUGCCAGACAUAAUCAUAUAGAUCAGGCUCGUGGCUUAUUUUUUGAGAUGCAAAAAUGGAAGUGCAAGCCGGAUGCCGAAACAUACAAUGCUCUCAUCAAUGCACAUGGAAGAGCUGGUCAAUGGCGUUGGGCGAUGAAUAUUAUGGAAGAUAUGCUACGUGCCGCUGUUCCCCCUAGUCGUUCAACAUAUAAUAACUUGAUCAAUGCUUGUGGAUCUUGUGGGAAUUGGAGAGAGGCUCUCAAAAUCUCCAAGAAAAUGACUGAUAAUGGAGUUGGGCCUGACUUGGUAACACACAACAUCAUUUUGUCUGCUUAUAAAACAGGUGCUCAAUACUCUAAAGCUUUAUCUUAUUUUGAACUUAUGAGAGGGACAAAUAUACGCCCUGACACUACGACUCUUAACAUUAGAAUUUACUGCCUAGUUAAGCUGGGUCAGUAUGAGGAAGCUAUUGGUGUUUUUAAUUCAAUGCAAGAGAAGAAAUCUGAGUGUCCCCCUGAUGUAGUGACAUUUACUAGCAUCAUGCAUAUGUACUCUAUCUGUGGCGAGAUAGAGAAAUGUAAGACUGUGUUUGAUACAAUGCUUGCUGAGGGUCUUAUGCCCAAUAUUGUGGCUUACAAUUCUCUGAUGGGUGCAUAUGCAUCUCAAGGAAUGAGUGAUGAAGCACUAAAUAUAUUUAAUGAGAUCAAGCGAAAUGGCUUUCAUCCUGAUGUUGUUUCUUACACAUCUCUGCUUAAUGCUUAUGGAAGGUCACAACAACCCGAAAAGGCCAAAGAAAUAUUUGACUUGAUGAAGCAGCAUAAUUGGAAGCCGAAUAUCAUUAGUUAUAAUGCUCUUAUUGAUGCAUAUGGUUCAAGUGGUUAUUUAGUUGAAGCAGUGGAAGUUUUACGUGAAAUGGAACGGGAGGGGAUUCAGCCUAAUGUUGUCUCAAUAUCUACUCUUCUGGCAGCUUGUGGCCGCUGUUGUGAGAAGGUGAAAAUUGAUUCAAUACUCGAAGCGGCUGAGAAACGAGGCAUUGAAUUAAAUCUGGUUGCAUAUAACACCGGGAUUGGAAGUUAUUUGAAUGUUGGGGAUUUUGAUAAGGCAUUAGCUCUGUAUAAAACUAUGAGGAAAAAGAACGUAAAACCAGAUUCUGUCACAUACAAUGUUUUAAUUACUGGAUGUUGUAAGUUCUCAAAGUAUGAUCAGGCAAUUAAAUUACUUGAUGAAAUGACAAUUUUGAGCAUUCCGUUCACCAAGGAGGUGUAUUCCUCUGCUAUCAGUGCCUACAGUAAGCAGGGACAAUUGGCAGAGGCUGAAUCAAUGUUUAAUAGAAUGAAGACAGCUUGUUGUCAACCUGAUAUUAUCACAUACACAAAAAUGAUACAUGCUUAUAGUGAAGCUGAGAACUGGGACAAAGCGUACACAAUUUUUCAGGAGAUGGAGGCAAAUGAUAUUCAACCUGAUGUUGUUGCAUGUUCAGCUAUGAUGAGAGCAUUCAAUAAAGGGUCUCAACCAUCUAAAGUUCUUAGCUUGCUGGAGUAUAUGAAGGAGAAUAGCAUCCCAAUCACUGAAGCCAUACACUUUGAAGUAAUAUCUGCAUGUAGCUUGCUUCGAGACUGGAAGACAGCAAUCAACCAGAUAAAAAUCAUGGAACCCAUUCUCCCUGGACUUUCAACAGGUUUCGUGAAUCACCUGCUGCAAUUUCUCGGGAAAUCUGGGAAGACAGAGACAAUGAUGAAGUUGUUUCUGAAGAUUGUAGCGUCUGGUGCAGAGAUUAAUUAUUCUACCUAUUCAGUUUUAUUGAAAAAUUUGCUUGCUGCUGGAAAUUGGAGAAAGUACAUUGAGGUUUUGCAGUGGAUGGAGGAAGCAGGGCUCCAACCUUCCAUUGCAAUGUACCACGACGUGUUGUUUUUUGCUCAAAGAAGUGGCGGGCCUGACCUUGCUGCCAUGAUUCAGGCGAAUAUGGGUUCCUUGAAAAGUAGACCUCAAAAUCGAAAUCAAUCGUGGAGUUCUCCACAUUCUGCAUCAGAGUUAACAGAUGAAUGUGAACUUCAUCCUCAAAUAGUUACUUAAAAAUCUAUGUUAACUUUUUACUUCUUGGCAUCAGGAUUCAGGCUUUCUGUAGAUGCCUGUUUUAGGUCAGUUUUUGUAUAUGAAACGUUUUUAUAUGUCGUACAUCCGACCCUCCAAACCCUACUUUAGGUAAUGAAAUGUUGUUAGAAUACAUUUGUGCUCAAGGCGACAAAUCUUCAUUGUACUUUAUAGAUGUUUUUUUUUGUAUGUUUGAGUUGUAGCAAUAUAAUCACACCCCAUUGCUUCAUUUUUUUAGUGUUUCCGGUUUCUGAACUGCUGUUGUAUCAUAUAUGAAACGAAAGUUGCAAAGAACGGGAGAAAAUUCGGGUGUUA